CGCAGAAACUUGUUGCAACAAACAGGCGACCGCGGGUGCCCCUAGCAGCCAGCGGCGGAGUGGGUGGGCGGGCGAGAGGGAGGGGAAGGCUGGCGGACGCCGCAGCGAACUGGUGGGCAGACCCGGAGUCGCCGCGUAAGCGGGGCCGGCUCAGUGCGGUGCGGCAGGCGCGGCUGUGCGGCAGCGGAAGUCCUUUGUUGCAGCGCAGUCCCUGGCAGAGCUAGAACCUCUCCGCGCAGCCCAGCCCGAGCGCCGCGCGCCUCCGCCACUGCAGCUCGCUGCCCCUUCGCCUCUGCCCGCCUUUCCCGCAGCUGUUUUGCCUUAAACUCCCUAAAAUCUCCGCAGCUCUGGUUCCUGCUGCGGCCGGUCUCUAAUUAAUUGAAGAUGGCAAAGCCAAGCCACAGCAGCUACGUUCUUCAGCAGCUAAACAACCAAAGGGAGUGGGGUUUUCUCUGUGACUGUUGUAUUGCAAUUGAUGACAUUUACUUUCAAGCACACAAAGCAGUGCUAGCUGCCUGUAGCUCCUACUUUAGAAUGUUUUUCAUGAACCAUCAGCAUAGUACUGCACAACUGAAUCUCAGCAACAUGAAAAUAAGUGCCGAGUGUUUUGAUCUCAUUUUGCAGUUUAUGUACUUGGGAAAAAUAAUGACAGCUCCUUCCAGUUUUGAGCAAUUUAAAGUGGCAAUGAACUACCUACAGCUGUACAAUGUUCCGGACUGCUUAGAAGACAUACAAGAUGCUGAUUGUUCCAGUUCAAAAUGUUCAUCUUCUGCCUCCAGCAAACAGAACAGCAAAAUGAUAUUUGGAGUAAGAAUGUAUGAAGACACUUCGACAAGAAAUAGCAAUGAAGCCAGCAGGUGGUGUGCAGAGCCAAGUUCAACAGUAAAUACACCACAUAAUAGAGAGCCUGAAGAGGAGUCUUUACAACUGGGAAGUUUUCCUGAGCCACUAUUUGAUGUAUGUAAAAAGAGUUCUGUGUCCAAAUUAUCUGCUCCAAAAGAACGUGUGUCACGGCGCUUUGGACGGAGCUUUACCUGUGAUAGCUGUGGAUUUGGCUUUAGCUGUGAAAAAUUACUAGAUGAACAUGUGCUAACCUGUACUAACCGACAUUCAUACCAAAACUCGCGAUCUUAUCAUCGAAUAGUAGAUGUUAGAGAUGGAAAAGACAGUAACAUCAAAGCUGAAUUUGGUGAGAAAGAUUCUUCUAAGACAUUUUCUGCACAGACAGAUAAAUACAGAGGAGACACAAGCCAGGCUUCUGCUGAUGACUCAGCUUCAACCAAUGGAAGCAGAAAAAGUAGCACGGUAGAAUCAGAAAUAAUUAGUGAGGAAAAAAGUAGAGCUGCUGAGAGGAAAAGAAUCAUCAUCAAGAUGGAGCCAGAAGAUAUUCCUACAGAUGAACUAAAAGACUUCAACAUUAUUAAGGUUACAGAUAAAGACUGCAAUGAAUCCACUGACAAUGAUGAAUUAGAAGAUGAACCUGAAGAGCCAUUUUUUCGAUACUAUGUUGAUGAUGAUGUCAGUAUUAAAAAAAAUGGCAGGAAGAUGCUAAAACCUCGAAUGUCAAUAAAUGCUGAUGAGAGAGGUGCUGUAGAAAAUGCAAGGCCCCCUAACAAUAGCAGUCCAGGACGGGAGGACACAGAAAAUGCCUCCUGUGAGCUGUGUGGACUCACAAUAACUGAGGAAGACCUGUCAUCUCAUUACUUAGCCAAACACAUUGAAAAUAUCUGUGCAUGUGGUAAAUGUGGACAGAUACUUGUGAAGGGUAGACAGCUUCAGGAACAUGCUCAAAGAUGUGGAGAACCCCAAGAUCUGACAAUGAAUGGCUUAGGAAAUGCUGAGGAGAAAAUGGACAUGGAAGAGAAUCCUGAUGAGCAGUCAGAAAUAAGAGAUAUGUUUGUGGAAAUGUUGGAUGAAUUUAGGGACAAUCAUUUCCAGAUAAACAGUAUCCAAAAAAAGCAGUUGUUUAAACAUUCUGCUUGUCCUUUUCGAUGUCCUAAUUGUGGCCAGCGCUUUGAAACGGAAAAUCUAGUGGUAGAACAUAUGUCUUCUUGUCUAGACCAAGAUAUGUUUAAGAAUGCCAUCAUGGAAGAAAAUGAGAGAGAUCACAGACGAAAACAUUUUUGUAAUCUCUGUGGAAAAGGAUUUUAUCAGCGGUGCCACUUAAGAGAACACUAUACUGUUCAUACUAAGGAAAAACAGUUUGUUUGUCAGACAUGUGGAAAGCAGUUUUUAAGAGAACGUCAGUUGCGACUGCACAAUGAUAUGCACAAAGGCAUGGCCAGGUAUGUCUGUUCCAUUUGUGAUCAAGGAAACUUCAGAAAACAUGACCAUGUACGGCAUAUGAUUUCUCAUUUAUCUGCUGGUGAGACAAUAUGCCAGGUCUGCUUUCAGAUAUUCCCAAAUAAUGAACAGUUGGAGCAGCACAUGGAUGUUCAUCUGUAUACAUGUGGAAUAUGUGGAGCAAAAUUUAAUUUGAGGAAAGAUAUGAGAUCACAUUAUAAUGCCAAGCAUUUGAAAAGACCAUGAGUGAUUUUCUUACUGUACUAAUGUUUAGUUGAUAGCAGAUAAAACACCAAAGCAAAGGAUAUGAGCUAUUUAGAAAUUGAUUUUAUAAUAUAAAUCGUU